GGUCACAAACUCCACAAGCCUCUCUCUCUCUCUCUUGUCUUCUAAAUUUAUUGAUUGACUCGUCACCUCACCUCACCUCGAAACAAACAAAUUAGGGUUACAGAUUCCUGAAUCAGAGUCCAUGGAAGAGAUUACAGACGGAGUGAACAACAUGAACUUGGCCGUUGAUUCCCAGAAGAAGAACCGGAUUCAAGUUUCCAACACCAAGAAACCAUUGUUCUUCUACGUCAACCUCGCCAAGAGGUAUAUGCAAGAGCACAAUGAUGUCGAAUUGUCUGCCCUUGGGAUGGCCAUUGCAACCGUUGUUACCAUUGCUGAAAUACUCAAGAACAAUGGUUUUGCUGUUGAAAAGAAGAUCAUGACUUCAACUGUUGAUAUUAAGGAUGGCUCAAGGGGACGUCCUGUGCAGAAACCUAAGAUUGAAAUUACGCUUGGCAAGUCAGAGAAGUUUGAUGAGCUAAUGGCUGCAGCCAAUGAAGAAAAAGAAGCUGCAGAAGCUCAGGUGCAGAGCUGAACGUAACGUUCUUAUGGUUAUGGUUUCAUGGGUCUUUUCUUCUCUCGUGAUGCUUUAUAUUAUUUGUUUAAUUUCAUUGAUUUUUGGCUGAAUCUGAGUUGUUAUGUUGGGAUGGUUUGUUGUACCUGUUAAAACACUUUACCUACAAUACUAUAUGAUAUGAACAUUGAAGAUGUUUCUUUUGUUGUCUU